UGACUCAACUUCGAACCCAAUACAGAUCAUCCGAUAAGCUACAAUCAUCCAUUCCUCCACCCACCGCCAGCAUUCGAUUAUUAUUUAUUGGAAUUGGAUGCAAAUUCAGUGACGAGUGACGACACCGUUUCUAUUAUCAAUGGGGUUGGGGAAGAAGCUUCUGAUCGGAAGAUGUGCGCGAGCAUUCGUCAGUAACCGUUCGAGGCGGUGGCUUUGCAGCGGCGCAGCGGGGCUGCAGCGCGGCGAAUCCACUGCCGUGAAUCCGCCGGAGAUUCCGGCCUUCGAUUACCAGCCGAAGCCGUACAGCGGUCCGUCAGCCGAUGAGGUCCUACGGAAGCGCCAGAGAUUUCUAGGACCUUCUCUGUUUUAUUACUACAAAAAACCACUUAAUAUUGUGGAAGGGAAGAUGCAGUAUUUGUUCGAUGAAAAUGGAAGGCGAUAUCUUGAUGCAUUUGCAGGAAUUGUGACGGUUUCUUGUGGCCAUUGCCAUCCCGAUGUGUUGGACGCUAUUGUUGAACAAAGCAAACUUCUCCAGCAUGCAACCACAAUAUACCUUCACCAUGCUAUUGCUGAUUUCGCCGAGGCUUUAGCAUCUAAAAUGCCGGGAAACCUCAAGGUUGUGUAUUUUGUAAAUUCAGGGACAGAAGCCAAUGAGCUGGCUAUGCUGAUGGCGCGACUGUACACCGGUAAUCUUAACAUGAUAGCCUUGAGAAAUGCAUAUCACGGUGGAAGUUCUAACACAAUAGCAUUGACUGCUCUUCACACAUGGAAGUAUCCAAUUCCUCAGGGUGAAAUUCAUCAUGUUUUGAACCCAAACCCGUACCGCGGAGUGUUUGGUUCUGAUGCAAAGCGCUAUGCUGAAGAUGUACAAGAUCACAUCGAACAUGGAACCUCGGGCAAAGUUGGCGGUUUCAUUGCGGAGACAAUUCAGGGAGUUGGUGGAGCAGUUGAGUUAGCUCCGGGAUACUUAAAAAUGGUUUACGACAUUGUUCAUAAUGCUGGUGGUGUCUGCAUUGCCGAUGAGGUUCAAACUGGCUUUGGCCGCACAGGCAGCCACUAUUGGGGUUUUGAGACACAGGGAGUCAUUCCUGAUAUUGUUACCAUGGCUAAGGGCAUAGGCAAUGGUUUGCCACUCGGAGCAGUGGUGACGACUCCUGAAAUCGCCAGCGUCAUGUCACAAAAAAUACAGUUCAACACUUUUGGAGGAAAUCCCGUCUGCUCAGCCGGAGGACUUGCAGUGCUGAAUGUUAUUGAUAAGGAGAAACGUCAGCAGCAUUGUGCCGAGGUUGGCUCUCACAUGAUUGAGCGUCUUAGGGAUCUUCAGCAAAAACACGAUAUAAUCGGCGAUGUGAGAGGAAGAGGCUUAAUGGUGGGGGUAGAGCUUGUGAGCGACAGAAAACAGAAGACGCCCGCCAAGGCAGAAACUGCAGUGUUAUUCGAAACUCUCAGAGAACUCGGUGUUCUUGUUGGGAAAGGCGGUCUUCAUGGGAACGUGUUCAGAAUAAAGCCGCCGAUGUGUUUUACCAAAGAAGAUGGAGAUUUUCUGGUGGAUGCAUUGGACUACGCCAUAUCGAAGCUGUGAAGAAAUGUCAUUCUGCAGAUCGUGCCAUGAUCGCGAGGCGAACAUUUGUAAGAAUAAUGUGUUGAAGCCUCCCCCCUCCCACUCCCCCUGCUUUAGAACCAUUUUUAUGUUUCUCCUUUCAUUUGCAUUUACCGAAAAUAAGUUAAUUCUUAUUUCGAUUCGUGUUUUUUUAGUAGAAAUGUUGCUAAGUGAAGCUAUUUGACUCGAGCCUGCGAGAAGCUCGAUUAAUAGCAAUGUUUAUGCCCGUAGAUAAUCCGAAAUCGAGUUCAUCAUAGAUAUGAAAUGUUUGUGUUAACAUUUUCAAUUGAA